AUGAACAAUAACAAGGGCCUCCCAGCCAUCGACAGCCACAGAGACCUCCAAAUAUGGAUCAUCGAGAACCUGAAGAUGGUGCCAGUACCUGAGAAGGCUUACGGGAACUUCUUUGAGAAACACUGCUAUAUCAUCCUCCAUGUCCCCCAGAGCAAAAAGGCCACACAGGAAGCAUCCAGCGACCUGCACUACUGGAUCGGGAAGGAGGCAAGCACCGAGGCUCAGGGCGCUGCAAGCACCUUUGUGCAGCACCUGAAAGAGGAGCUGGGGGACCGGACAGUGCAACAUCGGGAAGUACAGGGUCAUGAGUCCGAGUGUUUCCACAGCUACUUCCAUCCGGGAGUCAUCUACAGGAAGGGGGGCCUAGCCUCUGACGUCAAGCAUGUGGAGACCAACAUGUACAACAUCCAGCGACUGCUGCACAUCAAAGCUAGGAAGCACGUGUCUGCCACCGAGGUGGAGCUGUCCUGGAAUAGCUUUAAUAAAGGAGACAUCUUCCUGUUGGACCUGGGCAUGGUGAUGAUCCAGUGGAAUGGGUCCAAGACCAGCAUUUCUGAGAAAUCUCGGGGCCUGGUUCUGACCUGCAGCAUCCGGGACAGGGAACGUGGUGGUCGUGCACAGAUUGGCAUAGUGGAUGAUGGAGUUGAAGUCACUGACCCCACGCAUAUCAUGGAGGCUGUGCUGGGUUGCAGAGUGAGCAGUCUGCACGCAGCCGUCCCCAUCAAGAGUAUUAACCAGCUGCAGAAGGCCAAUGUCCGCCUCUACCAUGUCUAUGAGAAAGGCAAGGACUUGGUGAUACAGGAAUUGGCAACCCGCCCCCUAACCCAGGACUUGCUGCAGGAGGAGGAUUGCUACAUCCUGGACCAGGGUGGCUUUAAGAUCUACUUAUGGCAGGGACGUAUGUCCAACGUCGAGGAGAAAAAGGCUGCCUUCAGCAGGGCUGUGGGCUACAUCCAGGCCAAGGGCUACCCGACCUACACCAACGUGGAGGUGGUGGACGACGGCGCUGAGUCGGCCGCGUUCAAGCAGCUCUUCCGAACGUGGACGCGGGAGCUGGGCAGGAAAAAGCUGGACGGGACAGGUAAAUCCAUUCAGGUAAAGCUGGACGUGGGCAAGCUGCACAGCCAGCCAGAGCUAGCGGCCCAGCUCAGGAUGGUGGACGACGGCUCUGGGAAGGUGGAGGUAUGGUGCAUCCAGGACUCACGCAGGCAGCCCGUGGAUUCCAAGCAUCAUGGAAAGUUGUGCUCAAGCAACUGCUACCUCGUCCUCUACACAUACCAGAAACUGGGCCGCAUCCAGUACAUCUUGUACUUAUGGCAGGGCCACCAGGCCACAGCAGAAGAGACCAAGGCCCUGCACUCUAAUGCUGAGGAGCUGGACCACCUGUACCAGGGAGCUCUGGUGCAGGAGCAUGUGACAAUGGGCAGCGAGCCGCCCCACUUCCUUGCCAUCUUCCAAGGCCAGCUGGUGAUCUUCCAGGGGAGCACUGGGCACCACGUGAAGGGGCAGCCAGCCUGUGUCCCCAGGCUCUUCCACGUGCAAGGCACUGACGGCUACAACACCAGGACCAUGGAGGUGCCAGCCCGAGCCUCGUCCCUCAACUCCAGUGAGGUCUUCUUGCUAGUCACAGCUGGUGUCUGCUACCUCUGGUUCGGGAAGGGCUGUAACGGUGACCAACGUGAGAUGGCACGGACAGUGGUCACUAUCAUUUCUGGGAAUGACAAGGAAACGGUGCUAGAGGGUCAGGAGCCUCCCCACUUCUGGGAGGCCCUGGGGGGCCGGGCCCCCUACCCCAGCAGCAAGAGGCUCCCGGAGGAGGCCACCAGCUUCCAGCCACGACUGUUUGAGUGCUCCAGCCAGGAAGGCUGCCUGGUCCUCUCAGAAGUGGUGUUCUUCCGUCAAGGGGAUCUGGACAAGUAUGACAUCAUGUUGCUGGACACCUGGCAGGAGAUAUUCCUGUGGCUUGGUGCUGCCGCCAGUGAGCGCAAGGACGCGGUGGCCUGGGGCCAGGAGUACCUGCGGACCCAUCCAGCAGGGAGAAGCCCGGCCACGCCCAUCGUGCUGGUCAAGCAAGGCCACGAGCCGCCCACCUUCACAGGAUGGUUCUCCACUUGGGACCCCUACAUGUGGUCGAACAACCAGUCCUAUGAGGAGGUGGUGAAGAGUGGGGUCUCCCACUUGGGAACAGAAUCUGCCAUCUCUGGGAUCACAGCAGAAAUCAACAGUUUCCAGCUAUCCCAGUGGCCAGGCGAGAGCAGAGCAGGUCCUCCAGACCUACCAGCCAUCAAAGACAGCCAGGACAUCUCAGAGAUGGAGUUGGGGCCCAGGGUAGGCGGCAGAAGUGCCAGCACCAGCAUCAGCAACAGCAACAGCAACAGCAGCAGCAGCAGUGUCAGCUUGGUCGACAGUGGGAGCCUGCCCCCCGAACGGCUGAGGUACCAGGCCGUUGAGGACCUGCCACAGGGCGUGGACCCCACCCGCAAGGAGUUCUAUCUCUCAGACGCUGACUUCCAAGACAUCUUUGGGAAAUCCAAGAAGGAGUUCUACGGCAUGGCCAAGUGGAAGCAGCAGCAGGAGAAAAAGAAGCUGGGCUUCUUCUGA